ACGAGAGGGAAAUCCCCUGGGAAUUUUCAACUAAAAAAUUCAUAAACCUCAAAAAAAUUAAUACAAAAGAUCAAAAUUUUUAAUUAAAAAAAGGCCAGAGAGAGAGGACAAUAAAAAUGUUUAAAAACAGAUUUCAAGAAUAAACGACGAAUAAUAAAAAACCCCGUAAUAUCAAAAUAAAGAUGGCGGCACAGGUGACAGGGGACACGUCAGAUGGAAAUGGAGAACGAAUCAAGUGAUUUUUCCAUAAUCUUGCAGUAGAGUAUCCAAUAGCGUAUAGAUAACACAUGCGCUGUUAUCAGUAAUAACCAACAAGUCUUACAAAAAUGAAAAUGGCCGCCGAAGUGAGGUGGCUAGUGUUAUUUAUCAAUUUGCCAUUGUUAUUGUGGGUGAAUGCCGAAGAGGUGCAUAAAAAAUUUGAGUACAAAUAUUCAUUCAAACCGCCCUAUCUAGCGCAGAAGGACGGGAGUGUACCAUUUUGGGAAUAUGGAGGAAAUGCCAUCGCCAGCUCCGAGAACGUCAGGGUGGCCCCAUCGUUGAGGAGUCAGAAGGGUGCAAUAUGGACGAAGGAAAUGACCAACUUCGAUUGGUGGGAGGUGGACCUUGUGUUCAGGGUGACUGGUAGAGGAAGAAUUGGUGCUGAUGGUCUGGCAUUUUGGUAUACAGCGAAUAAGGGACAGUAUAAUGGCACUGUCUUCGGGAGUUCAGACAUGUGGAAUGGUCUGGGACUCUUCUUCGAUUCAUUUGAUAACGAUAAUAAACAUAAUAACCCGUACAUCAUGGCUGUGUUGAAUAAUGGCGAUCAAAUUUUCGAUCACGCCAAUGAUGGAACUACACAAUCGCUGACUGGAUGUCUUCGAGAUUUCCGUAACAAGCCGUUUCCAACGAGAGCUAGGAUUGAGUACUAUAAAAAUAAGUUAACGGUUUUAUUCCACAACGGAAUGACCAACAAUGACAACAACUACGAGAUGUGUUUCCGUGCUGACAACGUCCAUUUACCCCAACGUGGAUAUUUCGGUGUGUCAGCAGCCACUGGAGGUUUAGCUGAUGAUCACGAUGUCCUCCACUUCCUCACGACGUCCCUCCACCCACCUGGAGAAAUGGCAGCUAGUGGUCGUCAAGUUUCCCUCGAGGACGAGGCGAAAUUCAGCAGAGAGUACCAAGAGUACCAGGAGAAGUUGGAGCAGCAGAAGAAAGAUUACAAAAAGGAACAUCCUGAUGAGCACAAGCCGGACUCAGAUGGCUGGUAUGAGACGGACGGUCAACGAGAGUUGCGUCAAAUAUUCGAUGGUCAGUCACAGAUAUUUGAGGUUGUCCGAGAGUUGAAUAAGCAGGUGGACGAAAUGGUGGGUCGUCAGGAGCGCACUCUCUCCCUGAUCUCUCAAAUUCAGUUGGGAGGUGUCCAGGUGGCAGGGGGUCAGCCAGGAGCACCUGCUCAGCUGAUUGACACCAUUCGUCGCCAGGAGGUGGAUGCAGUCCUCAGUAAUCAGAACAUUAUCCUGAACACAGCCAGAGAGAUCAAAUCAUUCGUGGGAGAAGUGAAUUCCAAGGCUGAAUCCAUCCUGUCGAAUCAGGCAAGACAGCCCACAGCUCAGGUUCAGCCGAUUGGCUACGACUAUCAGUCCCUCGUGGCUGAAAUGAGGGAUGGCCUCAAUCGAGUGAAGAGGGACGUCUCGGAGACGAACGCUAAACUGUCCGGGGCAACUCCUGGGGGCUGUCCCACUGUCAAUUGUCUCACUACGACAAUGUUUUUGGCUUUUCUGGCUAUUCAGAUGGUCAUUCUCCUGGGGUACAGCAUCUACAAGGACAACAAGGAGGCACAGGCCAAGAAAUUUUAUUAGGAAAUAUCACUGGGGAGAAAUGGAAAUUUUUGGUGGAGAAUUCAAUUUUGUAGGGAACCGGUAAAAGCUGACGAGUCCAUUCGGUUGAUGCAAGAGUCUUCGGGGAUUAUCUACCAAUCGGGGAGGGAUAUCGGAAUUUUUAGUAAUACCUUUUUUGCAGCUCGUAUUUCAAUCUAUAAAAAAGGUAUUAAUGAACAUUUCAAUAUCUGUCUUCGGUUCGGAGAUAUGAUGAACAAACUGUAGUGGGGGACCACUCGUUAUCUUUUAACUUUUUUCUGCUCAAUUGUCGUCGCUGGGGCUUAUCCGAAGGAAUUUAAAUAGAGAAAAUCUGUGGGUUCUGAGGAACGAGAGGGUGAACCCAGAAUUUGAGGGGAAAAUUUUUUGAUCUCCUCAGGAAAACUCUUUUGAUGGAUUUUGCUUCAUCUGAGAAAUUCCGUCUCAUUUCAUCACUGAAUUCACCCCUGAAUGUUUGUUUACUCCUUUUCAUUCCUUUUCUAUAAUUGUUUAUUUGUAAUUAUCGUAAUUUUGAAAAGAUGGAAAAUAUAAAAAAAAAAUUUUCGAGGAUUUCUCACUCGUGAUUUGUCGGUUUGUGACAGAAAAUGGAGGAAAACAUCCUGCGAGAAUGAUUUUUUAUAGUUUUUGCAAUUUUUUCGUAGGGAAAUGAUUUGCGUUCUUUUUUUGGGAUGAACGAACAAUUUUACAUGUAUCGUUGGUAUUUAAUAUAAAAAUCACUUGGCCAAUCAAUUGAUGAUAAUAACGAGAUGUUAUUUUUUUGUUUCCCCUAGAUUGUUUUACGUAGUCAGUGUUUUGAAUGCGCACAUUUGGUUUUUUUUUCUUUUUGAGGGAAGAUCGGCACAUUAUCGUAGAGAGACUCAAUACUCUCCCUGUUAUAUUCUCCAUCGGAUGAAUUGUCUUUUCCUUUUUCAUCUUCAGAAUUUUCUAUUCAUGAUUGUACGUAAGUGGUCAAAUCGUUGUGAGUGUGGAGUUGGAAAUGAGAGAAUUUCGACGAAUAAUUCAUAUUGCAUUACACGACGAUGGGAUACAAUAAUUUUCUGUCUCCAUGUCAUUGCAUUUGUAAGAGUUUAUUAAAGAUUGUAAAUGUAUAAGAUAAUGUGAUGUAAUAAAAGAGGAUCAAAAGAA